CUGGGACGGGCUCUAUCGCGUGCUUCCCCGACACCGCGCGGAACGGCACGGAUUCGCCACAUAGUCCGCAUUUAUCUCCUUCGGCGCAGCAGCCUUUUAAAAUUCAUUUUAGGUGUUUCGGUCUCUAGAAAAGCUUUUCCAACAGCUAAGCCGCCUAAGACAUUUUUCUGCUUCGUUGUUUGCCCCUCCGUGUGCGGAGAAUAAAGAGGGGGGUGAUAUGUACAACGGCAUUGGGCUGACCACCCCUCGCGGCAGCGGGACCAAUGGGUAUGUCCAGCGCAACCUGUCCAGUGUGAGGGCGAAGCGCACCCGGGAUGAGCGGGGCGCCGAACGUGACGAGAAGGACCGUGAGCGCCUGGAGAGCCAGCUGAGCCGGCAGCCCAAUGCUGAGAUCCUGGAGCACCAGAGGAAGAGGCAGCUGGAGGUCAAGUGUGCAGAACUGCAGGACAUGAUGGAGGAGCAGGGGUAUUCAGCGGAGGAGAUUGAGGAGAAGGUGAGCAGUUUCCGGCUGAUGCUGCAGGAGAAGCAGGAGCCACCACCCACAGCCACCGAGAAGCCAGUGGUCACAGAGACGCACGCCUUGGCUGCCGCCAAUCAGCAGAAGAACAACCGUCUGCGUGAAGCGUUUGGCAUCGCCUCAGACUAUGUGGAUGGCUCCUCCUUCAAUCCAGAGCGUCGGGAGCGGGAAAAAGAGAAGCGGGAACAGGAGCAGCAACAGCAGCAGCAGCAGCAAAAAUAUGUGAUUGUCCCGGAGUCUGACAGCUCCACUGCAUCUCCACCACGCAAGCAUGGCCGGAAGAAGAGGAGAAAGAAAAACAAGACCAGGGAGAGCUCGGAGAGUCGGUCCCCCUCCCCUCGUCGGGAGAAAAAAAAAAGCAAGAAGAAGAAAAGGGAAGGGUCAGUGCAGAAGGAAGAUAGACGCAGUCCUUCUGAUGACAGGCGGCAGAAGAGGAAGAGGAGUGAGAAUGGAACUCCACCCCGGACCAAACAGCAGAGGAACAGGAGCCCGUCGUCAGACAUGGACCGCAGCCAAUCUCCAGUUCCUCAUAAGGAGGUACGACAGAACCAGCCAAUCAGGGGGGCCGAUGAGGGGAGAAAGGGGCGAUCUCCAGACAGGAGGGGGAGGAGGCAUGAAGAGGACUUUGCACAGAAGGCAGUCGGCAGAGAGAAAUCUCCCGAACGAGGCAGAAGAGGAGAAGAGUGGGACCGAGGCGAGAAGGAAAAGCCUCAGAGGAGAAGACAUGACUCCUCCUCCUCGUCUUUCUCUCCACCACAUGAGAGAUCCAAGCGGAUGAGGAGUGCAGAGAAGGAGCAUGUUAGACAGAGGGAUGCUUCUCCACGAAGUGUGUCUGAAAGGGAGAGGGAGCGAGGAAGACAGAGGGGCAGAGAGAGAAAUACCUCUCCUCAAGAAAAGAGCCAGAGGGCCCCAGAGAGGGCGAGGGAGCCUUCCUCCUCUGGGACGUCCUCGAGCUCACCCUCACCAGUUAGGAAUGGGAGAGAGAGGGAGAGAGACCAAGAAAAAGAGAAGGAAAAGCAGAAUGUUUGGGAAAAAGAGAAGCAGAGAGAGAGGGAAAGGGUGGAACGUGAGAGGGAGAAGGAGUAUGCAAGGGAGCGGGAGAGGCAACGCGAGAGAGAGGAGCGGGAGAAGGAGAGGGAGAGGCAAUGGGAGAGAGAGGAGCGGGAGAAGGAGAGGGAGAGGCAAUGGGAGAGAGAGGAGCGGGAGAAGGAGAGGGAACGGGAGAGGGAGAGGCAAUGGGAGAGAGGGGAACGGGAGAGGGAGAGGGAACGGGAGAAGGAGAGGGAGAGAGAGGAAAAGGAGCAAGAGAGGGAGCGAGAGAGGCUGCGGGAGAGGGAGAGAGAGGAAAAGGAGCAAGAGAGGGAGCGAGAGAGGCUGCGGGAGAGAGAAGAGAGAGAACGAGAAAUAGAAAGAGAAAAGGAGAGAUGGAGACAGCAAGACAAGGAAAGGGAGAGACGGAGACAACAAGACAAGGAAAAGGAGAGGGAGAGAAGUACCAGCAGAAGCUCACCUGCACCGGAGGAUGACCGGGAGCAGCCUCAACAGGCACAGAGGAUGGCUGAACAGCAGAGGGAAAAGCAGGUUAAGGAAGGCAAGGCCAAGAAAGGCAAGGUCGAGUCGAGUAGCAGCAGCAGCGACAGUGAUAGCGAUAGCUCCUCGUCAUCUUCGUCAUCGUCUUCCUCUUCCACGGACUCCUCUGCAUCCUCGUCAUUCUCUUCGUCAUCGUCGUCGUCCUCUUCUGAUGAAGAUGAGAAGAAAUGUUCAAGAAAACAGAUGGUUAAAAAGACUAGGGUUUCAUUAGAAGUCACUGAAGAGUCAGGUGCUCCUCCUGAGCCCUUGCCUUCAGCUCCAGUCCUGCCCACCACUAUCCCUCCCUCUGAAAAGGAGGUGAUGGAGGAUAGGUGUGGGCUGAGAGAUACUGGUAAAGAGAGAGGACAGUGGCACCCCCUGAUGGAGACCGAUGCUCAACUAUUGGGACAGAAGGGUCAGUACUCCCCAACUGGAAGCGAUGCAGCCUCACCAGGGGAGUGCGUGUCCUCUCCUGCAGGCCCUAGAAAGGAGGGCAGAGGAGCUGAGUGUUACUCUCCAACCUCCCCCUCCAAAGACGCCUCCCCUUCACCUCCCAGGGAUGAUCUGAAUGAGGUUAGAGACCAGACCAAAAGCACCCGUGUGGACCGCCUGGCUGAUAGAAAAUAUCAGUACACCCCCACAGAGGCUGAAAAGUCUCCUCACAUUGAGGUUGGGCGGACUGUGGAACGGGGGGGCAGAUCCUCUGAAGGAAGAAGGGAGCAGCAUGGCUCCUCUACCUCAGCCUCACCUCCACGGCGCACCCCUCCCCUGCAAUAUCAGGAUCCCCCGCGGCAGUUCCGUCGGGCAUCUCGAUCAGCUAGCCCCCGCAGACGGCUGCCAUCACCAAAACGCAGAGACAGGGAAAAAGAGGCCAACAGGGAGAGGGACAGAGACAGGGAGAGGGAGAGAGAGAGGGACAGAGACAGGGAGAGGGAGAGAGAGAGGAAGAGAGACAUGGAGAGAGAGAGGGAGAGGGACAGAGAGAGGGACAGAGACAGGGACAGAGAGAGGGAGAGGGACAGAGAGAGGGAGAGAGAGAGAGACAGGGACAGGGAGAGAGACAGGGAGAGGGACAGAGAGAGGGACAGGAGGUACUCACCUGGUCCAGCCCGCAGAGACAGGGAUCGUGACAGGGACAGGGAUCGUGACAGAGAGCGAGACAGGUCCCGGGACAGGAGACAAAGGAGAAGUCGAUCGAGGUCCCCGAGGAGACGCAGCCCUCUCUACAGAUCACGGCGCUCUCCUUCCCCUUAUCGACGCAGGAGAACCAGUCGCUCUCUUUCCAGGGAGAUAGAGAGAGAUCGAGAGCAAGAACGAGAGAGGAACCGAGAGCGAGAGAAGGAGACAGAGAAACAGCCACAUGCUUCUAAAGACUCAAAGCCUCAGACUCCAGGAUCCCCAUCAUCAUCUUCCUCAUCCUCCUCUUCUGGCACUACUUCAUCAUCAUCAUCCUCUUCUGGGUCUGAAAGUGAGGAAGAGACAGAGGGGAAAGGACAACCCAACACUGGAAGAAAACAAGCAGAUACAGAGAGUGAAACAAGAGCUGAUCAGGAGGAAAGUGGAAAAGGAGGAGAUGGAGAGCUGGAGAGGGUGGAACUCAGCCGGUCACCUGUCCCGAGUGGUCAGUGCAGAGAGUUGAACCUGGCUCAAUCGCGCUCCAUCUCUCCUAAAUCUCCUCCCACGUUGCUUCCUGGCUCCCCAGUACAUCCUUCAAUUGGCCAGAGUGGGCCUCAGGCUCCAUCCAAUGGGAAGCCAAAGAAACAGGAAGAGAAGGAGCAGCGUAAGAACAACAGCAGUGGCUCCAGUUCAUCGUCCAGUUCCUCCUCCUCUUCCUCUUCAUCAUCUUCAUCCUCAUCUUCUGACAGCUCGGAUUCUGAGCCAGAGGACGGGAAGGAAGAGGGCAGUACUGCUGUAGCAGGCUGUAGCUCAUCAUCAUCGUCAUCAUCAUCUGACAGUGACAAAGAGGAGAAGCCAAAAAGCCCACCCCGGCGUCAGAGGGUGCCAGCUGAUUCACUGAGAGACUCACGCUCUCCCAGCUACUCUCCCCCAACAAGAGUGCGACGUCCCGCUCUGUCGCCGCCCGCACACAGGAGCAGUAGAAGCGAGGAAAGCAGAUCGAGCAGGAAAGAAAGGAAGUAGUUCCGGGAACGCCUCUGCAGUGCAUUGUGGGCUGUGGUGGUUUCAUCUUGUGAGCCAUGUAGAAGUAUGGUGUGCAGGAGCAGGGACAGGCCUGGAAACGCAUAAUGCCAUUUGUUCUUUUUAGGAUAUAAUCAUUUUCUUUUUUUUUUUUUAUUUUAAUUUGGGACUGAAUUGGAUUCCCUCUGUCUACAGAUGCGUUCAUGGUUAUGUGAUUAUAUGAACUGUACAAAGAUGAUUGAUCCAUGUAUACUAGCAACACUGAGAGCAACUGUGCAGCCAACCUUCUGACUUUAUACCUCCAGUCUUAUUGAUAUACUUCAGAGUAAUUUGGUUUUCCCACUGUCAGGAGGGCUGAGAUUUGUCUGUGAAUAGAAAUCUUGACUUUUGUUUUUUCCUUUUUGUGAAAAUAUUAAAUAAAAAAAAAUGCAAUUGUA